UGACAAGAAUGUACAAUAUUGUAUUUUGCAUAAGUCGCUGCUAAGAUCUAUCCAUCUUGAUGAGUCUCCAAGUCUGCAGACCUGUGUAUUGCUUAAUAUAUGGUAGUGCUUCCUCCUUUCUGUUCCCGUUCUUCUUUCUUUCUCUUAGUUCUUCUCUUGUUAACGAGUCUGAAGAGAUGCUGUACAUACAACAGAGCGAAGCAAUGAUAGAAGCAAGUAUAGCACAGAUGUAUGUGGCUUUUGCAAGCGUAUCCCAAAAAAAGGCAUUUGCUUUGGAAAUUAACCUCAGAAAGACGAAAGGAAAUAUCGAAACCAUAAUAUGCGACAUAUACCACAGCCCUUCUAUCUGCCGCAAGGGUGGCCGAGAAGGGAAUAAAAGCAACUAAAAAUAUAAAGGGCACGGAGAUAACGAGAUGCAAAGCCGUGUAAAA